AUGGGUAAUGGGAAACUCGCCAAUUUCAUACUUGAAGGAUUACCGGCUCACUUUGAAACGUUGGCGUUUGAAGGGAAUGUAAACCCCGAUUCCAGAAAAUACAAGAGAGUUUUGCAUCUCUUGCAAAGUGGCCGAAAAUGGAAGCGCAUCGGAUUAUCGGACGAUGGUGUGGCAAGUGCCUCGCCAGCGUUUCUCAGCCUUGUGGUGUCUGCUCUCACCAAAACAGACCAUGUGACCUUGAGUAAUUGCCCGUUUGACCAAAAUUUCUUUGCGUGCUUGAAUUAUGGAAUGCACACUCUUGCGAUUGUAUGCAUGGCGGAUGUCAACAUUCCUGUUUUUCUACGAUGCAGCGGCCGUUUUUGCGCAAGGGCUGGCACAAUCAACGUCAUUGGAAUGGCUCGAGAUCGAGAUUCAAUGUUUCUUCGAAUAUGA